AUGUAACUAAAAUAACAAAAUAAAGAAGCUUCCAAACACUUGAACUUCUUAAAUAUAUCCUAGUCUGGAGCAACUACUCAUGAUACCAAAAGACUUUUGGGAAGCUAAAGAGGAAGCUAGGCUAAGAACAGAGUGAUUAAUCAUUAGAAUACUAAGAGCAAUGUGAGUCAAAUAAGCAAAAAUGCUGAUAGCAAUAAUAACUAUUACAGAUUAUCUUAUCAAAAUUAACAACAAUCAUCUCUUUUAGGGGGAUUGUAAAGCAAUUUGGACUUGUAUAACCAAUAAGACUUCAAGAAAGUUAUAUCAAUGAUCAUAGAGGAUGAUAAGAUGAAUAAAUCAAACAAAAUUAUCAGGCCAAAAUCUUGCAUUAAGAGCAGAGAGAGUAUGGUAUCAACAUAGGAUUCAAACAAUCUUAAGAAAUAUAAAUCCAGUAGACAUUAAAGAGUCGCCUAAUUUAAACAUUAACAACAUUUAGUGGAACAGCAGUACCUAUCUUAAGAAUAUAACAACUAAUUGAAUAAAAUUAUGAAUGAUAACGUUUACGGGGUCUAUGACUAUCAACCCCAGUAUCAGAUUCUUUAAACAAACCAAAACCUCACUUAGGAUAGCAAGACUCAAGAUCAGAGCAAAAUGAAUACCAAUUAGAACUUAUCGCCAAGCCAGUCGCUUCAUAAUCUGACUCUAGAAAAUAAUCUUAAUAAUUAGGGAGAAAGAAAUAACAAGCAGCAUAUGAAUAGUAAAUUUUCCUUCAACAACAAUGCAGAUCAACUUUCGCACACUAUAUUGCAUGAUAACUAUACCAAUAGUAAGAAUACAAUCUUGAAUAAUAGUGGCAAGCUAUACAAGAACGACUUGAGGAUCAAAGAUAGAUUGUAUAAUCAAAGAUUGCUCUCAGAGUAAGAUCUUCCGCAUAAAAAUAAGAGUCCAACUUUAAAGGCGAGACGCAUUUUAUCACAAAGUAUUGAAAGGAAUAAAAAAGAUUUUAGGAACAAUGUCAGUGGUUUGAGCUCGGGUGGUAGAUAGUCUCUGCAAUCUGAGUCUAUAUCUAGGGGAUAUGAUCAUGAUAGAUACUACUCUGACCCUGAGCAUUCUCAUUUUAACUCUUAAGAACUUAACAAAACUCUAAUGAAAAACACUAGAAAGGAUCAUUUGUUUGUGGUAUUAUGGAAACUUCAUAAGAUUGCCUAGACAGAGAUCAAUCCUGGUCAGACUACCGCAUAUAAGCACUUCAAUAAUGCAUCAGAAGCCAAAAGAUUUAAGAAAAGUUUGCAUUAGCUGACAUAGCUGUAAAGAAGUAUGUUAUAUUCCUCAGAUGAAUAAGAAGCUAUUGAAAAGUUAAAAAGAUUUGUUAUUCUUGCAUUAAAUCAUUCACUGCCCAAGUAUUAGGUAUAUUUGAGUGAUGAAAACUUAAAGGAAGUUGGACAAAGAUUGAUGUGCCUUGAACUUUAAAAACUAGAUCCAAAGUACUCACUAUCGCAAAUGGUAAAGAAGCUCUUAAAAAACGAAGAUAUAUUCUAAGACCCUGAAGCAGCAUUUAGAGAAUUUUAAGCACACAUAUUGAAAGUGCAGGCCAAAAGACAGUAGAUGGAUGAGAUUGAAAAGCAUAGCAUUCCUUAGAAAAAUGAAUAAAGGAUUCAAUAGAUAUGUAAGGAUUAGAAGUUCUAUGAUGUCUCUGAUGUGUUUUGGAAUGGAUGUAAUAAAUAAGAUAAAAAGCGCAAUCCUGCUAAAGUAGUUCAGAAGUAUCUGCAUCUAUAAGAGAAAUAAGAGGAGUAGUGUUCAACUUCAAACAGAUUGGCUUAAUAUAUCAAGUCUAAUAAACUCAUCACAUAGCCUGAGGUACCAUAGCCACACAUAGUAAGAUAAUUCCCAUUUGCUUCUAAGGUAGGUUAAAAUAUCAACAACAAGAAGCAUCACCCCAAGAUGAAAUAAAGACUCUUUGGCUCAAUGGUAUCUACUCUCAGGAAUAAGGUAGACUAGCCAAAUAACGGAGCAUAUUCAAGUAUGGGUGAAUCAGCAAAUACCACCUAAUAGAAAUUAGACCCUAAAGUGCUUAUCAAAACAACGCAGGUAACGAGUGAAAAGAAUAAGAUCAACAAAAAGCUUAAUAAUUUGAGUGUAGCUAAUAUUGAGCAGUCUAGUAUCAUCUAACGAAAUAAGCUAUUCCUAGAACAUGUAAUUUGCAAUAGAAAGAAAGAUAUAGAGCACAGCAUGAGACAGAAGAAACUAAGCGAGCAUUAAUAUAAGGUAUCAAUGCUGAAUCAACGAAGACCACCUAGCUCUAUAUAUAAAUUGUCUCCUUCUAAGAACAUAGGGAAAUCUUUCCCUGAAGAAAACAAUCAUAUGAUAUUCUUGAAAAACGAGAGAAUGAUAUACUUUUGA